AUGGAGCAGGCUCCAAACGUUGUUGACACUCGAAAACUCUACCAACUUAUCCGCCUUGUCAGUGGUAAGCCCAAUGCACUGGGUGGCAACUCGGCCAGAGUCGAGGACUGGCGUGAACACUUCGAGCACCAUCUCAACUUUGAUGCACAACCCACCACGCCCUUGCUUUCCUCUUCAUCGGAGCCCACUCCCUCUCCAAACUAUGCGGUGUCAAGCGACCCCCCUCCCCUCUGAAGGAGGUCACUGACGCUGUGCAAAGGCUACGCAGCAAAAACGCACCCAGAGAGGACGGUACACCUUCUAAAAUCCACAGGUCUUGUGUCCCCACCCGACGCCCUGGCUUCAUAAGGUGAUUAAACAAGCGUGGAGAAACGAGUUUGCUCCGGAUGUCUAGGGCUUAGGCAUCCUUUUACCUAUCUCUAAGAAGGGAGAUAAAACGAAAUACAGUGAGAACUGCCGUGGCAUAAGCCUCAUCGACGUCGCUGCGCAGAUCUUCGCUAUUGUCAUUCUCGGAUGACUCCAGACUGUGUGUGACUCUAGGACGAGGCCGAAUCAAGCCGGAUUCCGUGCCGGACGUGGAUGUGCGGACUAGGAAUUCACACUGAGGCGUAUUCUCGGAUUCCGCUGCAGCUACCAGCAACCGACGGCCGUCUGCUUUGUUGACUUUGCCGCCGCGUUCCGUCCAUCGUGAGUUCCUGUGGCCAUGAUCAAGGCCUCUUACCACCGCUCUACCAUUGAGCGAGUCCUGGUCCGCAACAAUAUUUUCCCAACCGUUUGGUACUCGGUCUGGCGUUCGACAGGGUUGUAUUCUGUCGCCCAUUCUGCUCAACUACGUUAUUGACUGGAUCCUCGGGAGGGCCCUAUACGAAGGUGACGGUGUUGAGUUUGCGCCCGGACACCGACUGAGUGAUCUCGACUAUGCUGAUGAUAUUGCCUUGCAUUAAGUUUCGAUUAUCUGCAGUCCAUGGUGUCACGAGUGAACAAGUCCGAUGAAUCGGUCGGUUUAUCCAUAAACGCUGGGAAGACUAAAGUGUUUUCAAGCUGCAUCCCUGACCAGGAGAAGACACCUCUCGAGAUUGAUUGCUGUCAAAUUAGAGAAGUUGACGAUUUUAAAUACCUCGGGGCGAGGCUGCUGCCGAAUGGGCAGAGUAAGGAUGACACUGUCUUUCGAAUUGAUGCCGCCCGACGGGUUUUCUCAAGCCCUGGAAAAUGCCUAUGGAUCCGACGCAACAUCUCCAUCGCCACGAAGAUUCGCGUGUACCGUGCAUUUGUCCGGUCUGUCCUUCUCAAUGGUUGUGAAUGCGGGGCUGUGUGUGUGGAGGACGAGCGAAAAGUGGUGGUAUUUGACCACCACUGCUUGAGGAACAUCCUUCGAGUGAAGUACACCGCGACUUCGUCUCAAAUGAGGCAUUCCGCACUCACCGCGACAACACAAGGAUAACCCAGGCCAUCCAAGAAAGACGACCAGGCAGUCUGGGCUUGUUCUUCGUCGUCCACUCCAGGAACUCAGUGUUACUGCCCUCGACCCGGCACCGUCACCCCACUGGAGGCGCCAAAGAGGGGUUCAACUUAAAACCUAGCUCGACAAAGUUCGUCAAGACAUGGAGGUGGCUCUUGGACCUUCGGUAUUCAGUCUACGUCGUUGGCGAAGGAAAUAGGUUGAACUGUCCAGAUCUGCUGCCGCGGAUCGUCACGCGUAAAAAGGUACAGUUUGUGACAUCCUCGAUGCCGGCUAUAUUAGGCAUGAUCGCAGCCGUACCAAGUAUGAGUCAGUAGGUAAAUAACCGUAACAGUCGACGAUUGUCUGUCUGGAAAGUUGGCCGAGUGCUUUUACUGAAUGCAGAUUAGGUUUUCACAGCCCUUGAACCUUAAAAUAAACUUUCGGAUUCAGGAGCUACGGGUAAUCCACCGCCACACCAGGCCCUCACCACAUUGAAGUGACUGGUAUUGCCGUCCUUUUAAACGCACAUUUCCCGCAGCAUAAAGGUCGCUUGGCCCCUUUUUGAAUUGUUAGGGUUACCGAUUGCUCUUGCCGUUGCAGUACUGCUCUCCUUCAUAUAAGGUCUCGCCCUUCCUGUGGCUCUUGUAGAAGGUUAUUUUCUUUUCUUCGCUACGUACAACCUAUAGGCGCUGGUGAUGACAUCCCGUGGCCAGACUCUGUCAGGUCGUACAUUGUCCCAAGUGCACCGAAAACCUUCAUUUAUAUGCCGGACUUUAUUGAUGCUGACACGGAAGCUGACCUCCUACGCAACAUCUACUCUGUUCCUGAACGUCGUUGGCAAUGCCUUGGUAAUAGACGACUGCAGAUUUGGGGUGGAACGCCGCACGUUAAAGGCAUGAUUGCCGAAGAAAUUCCUGAGGUACUUCUCCCGUUGCCAGCAACCACGUUAUUGCCCUCACUUCACCCUUUCCCUAGUGGCUGCACUCGUUAAUGGACCGGGUAUCUGACUUGGGCGUCUUUGGACCCUAUCGAGCCAACCACGUUCUCAUCAAUGAAUACAAACCUGGCCAGGGUAUAAUGGUAUAUCGUCGUCUUCAGUUUUCUGAUCUUACUAGGAUUGAUUUAGCCACACCAUGACGGCUCCUUGUACUACCCCGUCGUCACGACUGUGAAUCUUGGCGGUCACAGCGUCCUGGACUUCUAUAAUCCAAUCGAAGAAGAACAGGUGGGUGAAUCGAACUUUUGCUUUUCUUUUGCAUACUUUUGUAUCCUUAAUGUCCCACUAAGGAAGAAUACUCUACUGGGCCUGAAUAAGUGCUCUGCAGACUUCAGUAGUAAUGUCGUUGGCGCGUUUUCCGGUUGCAAUAGGUCACUGAUCGUGCUUUAGCAACAGACGGGUGCCCCAAGCGUUUAAAUCAUCGUUUGCGUAUCCCCUCGUUGACAUAACAUGCCUUGCAUGUGUGAAAAUGAAAUUUGACUGGUUCACCUGGCAUUCGAAUAGGGUCUAGGAGUCUAGCCAUUCUAACCACAGUUAACUGUGGAAGAUGCAUCUUGAGUAGUCGUCUUGAAGGAAGUUGAGUGAUCAGGCUGAAUCGUUAAUGUUUUUUUCUUUUUAAUUAACACCCACCUGUGCACUUCUUUAGUAGUCUUUUAGGGAUGAUUUGUCAUGCUCUUCUCAGAACGAACUCGUUGCCUGUCUAUUAGUCUUGUUGACUCCCCAAAACAGCCAGCGUGUGUGUUGCACGCGUAGACGCGGACCCUGCGGCGAUUGAACUCAUCUUAAGUCGGCCCGACAUGUACUUGUCUCAGACUAUGGCACGAAGGAAAAAAAUAUCGAAUUCGGCCUUACGCCUAAUUUUCUCGAGCUAUCCGUCGUGGCUUGAAAGGUUACCAACUAAGCACCUUGACUCCGCCCGACUCAGGGCCGAGGAUCAGGUCCCACUACUCCUUUCUGUAGCCACUGGGGCUUUGUGCUAGGUUUCCCACUGCGCCUUAUACCUGUCUUCAGUCGGCUUGACCGGUUCAUUACGGGCAAACCACGACCACAUGGCGUUCGUUGUCGGCAGUUGACCAGCUGCGUCAACUCUUCUAAUUCCGCCGUAAUUCGCCCUUAGCGUUGUUUAUUCGGUUUGAGCUUGUCUCCUGCGUCCCAAUUUUGCGAAAAAUUGUAGUCAAUGUGUUGUUUCCAAAGGACUGUCGGAUUCAAGUUCUCAUUUGUCAUUGCGGAUGACGACGACGUCCACCGAGUUUCCCAGUUUCCCACCCAGUUGGCCCAGAAAGGGAAUUUGCGCAACAUCUGCCACAUUGCCUUGUUUAAUGUCCGAGGAAAUUAGUGCGCGAACUUGGAGUUAAUCCUUCGGGACAAACCUUUUCAGGCACGGUCCGAAAUUUGAUAUAAAUAUUUGUGCGAAAUUGAUCUGCUACUGCGGAAUAACCGCGUAAUAUUCACAAACCGCCAAUAGGCAGCCAGUAGUAUAGAAUUGUGUAAUUAUUUAUCGUACUGACAAAAAGGCAAGAUGAAACUGAAGUUCAUAUACCAGAAAACACGCGGGUAGGGCUGGGGGACCCACUGAUAACCCGGAGCCCUCGCAGCUGCGUCAGGCAGUGACACAAGAUCGGCGAAACACGCGUGUCCGGACUUUUAUCUUGUACCUGUGUUGUAAGUACGGCAAAUAAUUACGCAAUCUACCACGUUUUCUCCCUCCACAUCUCCGAUGACAAAACGAUCAGGGAUGGGCGACGGCGCAAUAACUAACAGAGUUAAACGGUCCGUCUACGCCUGCCGUAAAGGCCACAUUAAGAGGGAGCCAGUGCAGCCUAACCCUCAGUCCUAAAAAAGAACCGAGUUAUUCCGUCAGUUGUCAGCCUUCCGAGCCGCGUCUAUCAAAUACGUUGUAACGAUGGAGACUGCAACUACGUUGAGGAAACCGGACGGAAACUGCAGACCCGCCUUCAUGAGCACAAAUUGGCAACUCGGAGACUAGACCCAAACUCACAGCUUGCGACUCACAUCGGAAAAGCUGGCCACAAUUUUGACUUUCAAGGAGCAACCUUCUUAGCCUAGGGCACCUCAAGGACAGAACGUCUCACACUUGAGGCUUGGUACUCAGAUGCCAACUCCGUCAACAGGCAUCUAGGCCUACCUGCGGUCUAUAAAGUCCUACGUCACUGCAUACGCCAUUACCAGGACAAGACAUUAAUCCCGAGAAAGCACGACCCGUCGACCAAUUCACCCAAAAGGGGGACACAAACGCAACUAAGCCCAAUUGGGGUGACGACACACAACACAGGAGGCCACCAGCACUCAGAAACGACGGCCAGUAGGCCAAGGCAGCGAAAGAAGAAAAAGAUCGAUCAGCUCAAGACCAACUAAUUCGGCUGUCCAUUCAAAAUUCUGAUAGAUUUUUGCACUACCCGCUUUGAUAAUGGAGAGCCGGCCAAGCUCUCCGAAACGUCAGCAAUACAAUGCCCUUGGGCCGGUGGGCACUUUGUUUUUCUCAGACGUUUCAGCUUAUUAUAGAGAGGAAUGCGUUGGGUUGUACAUGGUGUCAGGACACCACUGCCGACUGAAGACUUCUAGACGUUGACGAGGGUGCCGUCUGCUGCGGACACCCUGUUGUUUCAUGGUAUCAGCAUUGCCAUCAUGGUGCCUGCCUGUGAAGAAAGGCCAGACUAUACUGCAUAGACCGAUGAAGAAGAUAUCUCCACCUCGGAGAGGGGGGGAAGACGGGUUGGGUUAGUCAAGGAAGUUAAGAAAACACACGAACUGCGCAUGCUAGCGCUCAGCCUUCCGAAUUGUCAGCACUAUAUCCACCUUGUACACCGUGAAUAGUCAAUAAUUACCGAGGACUCACCAAAAACCUGGUCAAUAAGUUGGUAGUAUUUUCUACUGUCACUGAUGUUUGUAUCUGUUCCCUCUCAGAAGAUGAUCUGCCAUACGAAUGGUGCUCAACUCCCUGCAAGCUACAAACGGACGAAUAACGGGUUUUGUGAAGGAGACACGAUCGCGGGGGCAAUAACGGUUUAUUUAUUUAUCUUUUAUGGAUAGUUAGUUGGCGCCGUCUUUAAGGAUUCUGGAACGCGUGUUCGUCCUAUCCUCCGACUUGUUGGCCUCCGAAACGUUGGGACGAUGCAAUGAUUUAUCCUUUUUAUGGUUGGUCUAGGUGGCUGAACAGAUUCUCGGCCAAAAGUCAGCAUACUGUCGUGAGAGAAAUGAGUUUUGAUUCGGUCGUCUUGGCAUCGGAGCCUGGUGGGUGAGGAAGGGUAGAGUGCGGUAAAUGCUGUGCAAGUCCGUCUCAUAAACUAGUUUACGUGCGAGUCACCAUCCCGUGCCUACUCUGUGUGACACACGAUGUCGUUCGCGAUGUUUGGACUGUCAGUUGCAUGAAAAACGAGUCAUAUGAAUACUGUGCUCGCUAUGCAUCCUGCUAUCUUUGUCUGCUGCUCCCUGAUGAUGAUUUCGAUGGAGAAACUGAAACGCCAGGUUAACUUAGCCCCCUCUUCCUGGAAGUAAUUUCUUUGCUCACGGAAGACGAUAUCUCGAACUAGUGAUGCCCAUUUCCCUGCAAACUGCAGAUAGCUGACCAAUGCUUUAUUAUUAAAAGUCAGUCGGCACCGUCUUUAAGCAUUCUGGAACAUGGUUUCACUCCAUCCCCCGAGGAUUAGGCUUGUUGGCCUCCAAAACCUAGGGCCGAUGUAAUGGUUUGUUUUUGUUAUGGUUGGUAUAAGUAGCUGGGAAAAUUCUCGGCCAAAAGCCAGCACGCCGUCGUGGAAGAACUGAGUUUUAAUUCUGUUCUUCGUUAGUCGGUUUUUUGAAGACUCACUGAAGUACUCGGUCCUGUGUAAAAUGUCUAAAUGUUGUAGUCAGCGCGACACUAUGCCUUCCGGACCUUUGUUGAGUGCACAUCGAGACAAAUACUGAUUAUUCCUGCUCUCGGUGAACUCGACACAAGCCCGUGGUGCGUCAGUGACGGCCUUGUUUAGUUAUCACCCUUUUCGGAUUCCAACCUCGAUGCACUUGCAAUUGGGGUGUGGUCGGUUGACGACGGCCAGUAACCGAGAAAUGGCCAUUCAAACGUCCCUGUGUUUAACCGUUAACACUUCCGGAGUGUUGACUGCCAGUAGCCAUGAGAGUGCCCCCGUGGGCUGUUGACCUUCAAUUCCAAGGCACAGUGAAAUCCUCCGAUCCUCACCUCCCCCUGUUAUUGGGACUAGUAGUGCAGUGAAUUGGGAUGAUGUUUUGUCUUUAUGGAUGCCGUCUGGGUGUCCCUCAAUGACCUCCGACAUGCCUUUUAUCGACCGACCUAUUGACAUGUUUCUGGCACUUUUCUACAGAGUGCUGCACUCUCCGAUCGGUAUGUGGGCUCCGCCCUUCUAAUGCCUCGCAGUCUGAACAUGGUCGGCAACCUGCUCUACACGUACUACUUGCACGGCAUCGAGGAACUCCAGUCGGAUGUUCUUCCCUCCGGUCCUGCAGGCGAUUCUGCAGCAGCAGCACAAGCACCUACGCUGGCGAAUGAGGAGGAGCAGAGCCCGAAAAAACUGAUUUUCAAUCACCAGAGCUGCCCUCAACCGUUGACAGGGUGCCUUGCCCGCAAAACCCGUAUUUCUGUCACCAUUCGCUAUGUGCCGAACACGCGAAAGGUGGACUUGCGUCGGUUCUUUGGACAGUCUAUACUCUCCUCCGUUCGGUGA